AUGGAAGCUACAGCUGAUGUUCGAUUACAUGGUACAUCAACAUCAAUUGGAAUAUUGAACUUUGUUCAAAAUGAUGCUAAUUCAUCUGUACGAAUAACUGGUACACUAACAUCAUUGAGUGCUAGUAGCAAUCAUGGUUUUCAUGUUCAUACCAAUGCUGUAGCAGAAACCACACCGAAUUGUGUGGAAGCUGCUGGCCAUUUUAAUCCUUACAAUACGGCUCAUGGCCCUCCUCAAGCCGAUAUAUGGCACCGACAUGUUGGUGAUCUUGGAAAUAUAACAACGGAUGCAAGUGGUGCAGCACAUAUUGAUAUUAGUGAUAAUAUUAUUCAAUUUUAUAAUUCCACACAAUCAAUUGCUAAUCGAACUAUUAUAGUACAUCUUAUGUUUGAUGACGGUGGCUUCGGUAUGAAUGAGAGUAAUAUAACUGGAAAUGCUGGUGCACGAGUUGCUUGUGGUCUUAUUAAAAUGAUCAAUAAUAAUAAUAAUAAUGAUGAUAACUUUGAUGAUAUUGAUUUGGAUGAAAUUUUUAAUGAUUUUAAUGAAAAACAAUCAUCUAUUCAACGACAACCAUUAGCGAAAUAUGAUUUAAAUCAUAAAACAAAUCAAGAUGAUUUGUUUGAAUUUAAUGAAAAAGAUUGUACAGCACCCAAAAUAAAUCGAAAACGAACAAAAACAAUUAGAAAAAUUCAUGCUAAACAAAUGACUAUGUAUGAUUAUGCUUCUAGUGUAUCAUAUAAACAUAAACAAUUUUAUUCAUCAUUGGAUAAUACAACAACAACAAAAACAAUUAUCAAAGGACAAAAACGUUCAUUAACAGAAUAUCCAGCAUUAUCACCGAUUUCAAAAAGAAUGAAAACAACUGAAUUUGAUAAUUUAUCAUCAUCAUCAACACCACCAGAUUUUAUUGAUAGUCUUUUACGAUAUCUUGAUGAACGUAGUCGUCAGAAAACAGAACAUUCAAUUAAAGAAGAAAAACCAUUAAACAAUGAUGAGAUAAAAACAAAAGAAAACUAA